UCACCCACCGAGCGAGGCUGCCCCGCUCACUCUAACGUUAAAGCGCUGCGUAAUCUAAAAUCCCGAAAUUGAAACGUCCGUAUUUCAUUGUUGUUUCUUGUUUGCAUUCCAACAUCCGCACCCGCCGGGCUUGUCUGAUUUCUGAAUUUUCUCUACCCUUUUCCUUCGCUGCUCCUGCCAGCUAUCGAUUUUUUCUUUCUUUCUUUGCCUUUUUCUUACCAGUAAAAGAGAAAUUAGGAACCCUUUGUACUGUAAAACCCAGAAGAAUCUGUGUGCUUCAUUUCGCUCUGGCUAAAUUCUCGAAGAAAUGAAACUGAAAAUAGUCCACCAAAAUCAAGAAAGUCGCGGAGGAGAGGAACAAGUGAUGAAAAAGGAAGAGUUGGAGUUAGAGCAAAUGGAGGAGCCCCAGAUUCAUGUUUCGCCGGAGAAUGAGUCCACGAAGGAAAAUUCUCCGCCGCCGGAGCUUUCCCCCAUUUCUGGUUCUCACCCCAUGCUUAUUUCUGGCAAGAGGAGGAGGAAGCCGAAGGAGCUGAUCGACGAGAUUUCACCUGUUAUUAGAAGGAAGAAGAGGAAGUCCUCUGCUUCCAAAUCUAAAAUUGGGACACCUGAUAGUGGAGGAACAUUAAUGAGUAAAGGAAAUGCCACAAUUAGUGGGUCAACUAGUCCUGUCCAGUUGAAGUCGCCCACCAUGAUUCGAGCAGAGGAGGUUCAAUUGAGUUUGGGAAAUGACCAUCCUACAUUUUUGAAAGCAUUAGUCAGAUCACAUGUCGCCAGUUGUUUCUGGAUGGGUCUGCCUGUGCCCUUCUGCAAGAUACAUUUACCUAUCAAGGACGCUACAGUUAUUCUUGAAAAUGAAAAUGGUGAAGAGUUUCCAAUUAAAUAUAUUGCACAUAAGACGGGUCUAAGUGCCGGAUGGAGAAAGUUUGUUGCUGGAAACAAAUUGCUUGAAGGAGAUGUUCUGAUCUUCCAACUAAUUGGGCCUUGUGUAUUUAAGGUAUACAUAAUAAGGGCAAAUGAUUUGACUGAGGUUGAUGGUGCUCUUAGCCUUCUAAUUUUGGAUUCUCAAAUAAAGCAGAAUGAUGCUGAGGGAACUGUGGAUGCACAAAGCAAGAAGAGACGUCCAAAAUCUCUUCCCUUGACAGUUGUGCAGAAGAAGAAAGAGAAGGAAGAGCCAUUAGUGCCCCAACGUGGACAACCAGAGGAACAGUCUGGAAAUGACAGCGAUGAGGUUGCUUCUGAAGUUUUGGAGGGUACCAAGUUCUCUGGAUCUUCUUUUCAUUUUAAAGAUGUUAAAAGCUUUGAGGAAUUUCACAUUGUGGUGAAUGGUGUAUGCAUCGACUCUGAGCUCCCUGAACACAUUCGUCGAAAGUACUAUGAACUGUGCUGCAGCAAGAAUGCAUUUCUUCAUGAUCGUGUUCUUCCAGGUCUCUACAGUAAGCUAGCCGCUGGUAUGAUUGUUGAAACCAUCAACAUUGCUGAUGUUAUACGAGGUUGUAAACUCAAUACCCCAAGGAAAGAUUUUGAAGUCUGGGAAAAGUCUCUGAGGUCCUUUGAACUUCUCGGCUUAAAUGUGGGAUUUUUACGGGCUCGUCUGCGUCGGCUGCUUAGCCUGGCCUUUGACACAGAAGGUGCCUCAGAGGUAAGAAGGUACUGGGAAACCCAGAAGGAGCAAAGUCGCACUGAAGAGGAGAUUCAAAAACUUGAGGCGAAGCUUGUGGAACUGAAAGAAUUGUCUGCAAAAUAUGGUCAUGAGAUAGAGAAUUUGAAGACUAAAGCAGAGAGCUAUGAGCUUAAGUUCCAAGAAGAGGUUGAUGCGCCUUGGUAAUAUUUUCUUGGAUGUGUAGAAUCUUUAUUUUGUUUCUAUUGUGAUAGGAGAAAAGGGCAUAAUAUAGCUAAGUUUUCUUCUGCUAGUACUUUAUCUUUAUAACCAGCUUAAUAGGGAUGACUUGUUUUUUAACCAUUAACUCUCUUGUCGAUUUUGAAGAGUAUCUAACUAAAUAGAACAAGCUGACUCUUAAGUUGC